GUCACAUCACCGGAAUUUUUCUUAGAGAAAGGUGAAAUUACUUCCGUUUCUGAAAAAUCCAAGCUUUGUAACGAUACCCAGUUUCGAAAAAUCUCCCUUUGUUCCAGGACUGUUUUGUUCACGGCGAUGGAAACUCUUAGAGAAACGGUUACGGUGUUGUGUUACACUAAUUGUUCUAUUAAGUAUGGUCCUGAUGGAGUAUACUAUGAAGGAUCUACUCCUAAGAAGGUCAGAUUUAGGGGAAAUACUGAGUUAAGCACAUUGUUGGACGGGCUUUAUCCAAUUUUUGGAUUAGAUAAGCAGAGGUCGAAGAUUUCAAUUUUUGGUAGGCUCCCUGUAGUUGUUUCACCACAGCUAUUUACGUAUGUACAUUUUCCCGUGGUGAACGACUCUACUUUGGAGAUUAUGCUUGAGGUUUCGAGCAAUCAUCCUUCUGUUAAAGAUGUGGAGUUGUAUUUGGAAGUGAAAUCAACUUCUGAUGAUGCAAGUCCUGCUGCUCGUUCAUCGCCAUUGGAGAAUUCAGGAAGUUCCUUGAAAAGACAAAGGACCCAACAACCCAAAGAAGGUAAUGUGACACAUUCAUCUGUUAAAUUAGAAAGGGAUAAUGGGUUAGAGGUUCAGGCAGUGGAUAACAAUAACGGGUGGACUGGAAACAAGGUAGAUGCUGCUUUUGGAAACCGUAGCACUCAUCGAGAUGGAGGUAGAGAAAUGAGGGAUACAAACUCAGGGUCGGAUGGGUUGGAGCAGGUUGUUAAUUUGACAGCAACUAACGGCGAUGCACACAAGGAUUUGCAUGAGUUAGACUUAGAGGAGUCGGCGAAUGCAUGCUUAAAUAAAGGUGUCCAGUCAAGUGCUUCAAAUCCGUGGUCUCUCUCCAGUUUGUGGGUUGAUGAUCAUGAAUUGCGCGUAGGGUUGUGUUUUAAAGGCAGAGAUGAGCUGAAGAAGGCGGUGGACUGGUGCUCCAUACGAGGGAGGCAAAAGUUUGUAGUAAGAGAAACCGAGAAAGAUGCAUAUACGUUUGAGUGCAUCAGAUGGAAAUGCAAGUGGUCGCUUCGGGCAGCUAGGAUGGAAGAGCAUGGACUUGUUGAGAUAACCGAGUUUAAUAGUCCACAUACUUGUUGUCCUAUAGGGUCAGAUAACUUUGACGUGGAAUUUGCAGCAGAGGAGAUUGAAUGUCUGAUCAGGGUACAGCCCACACUAACAGUUGCAGAGUUGAAAGAUUGGUGGUUUGAAAAAUUUGGCGAUGUACUCGAGACUUCAGUAAUGCAAGCAGCAAAACAAGAAGUGAUCAAAAAAGUCUUUGGAGAUUGGGAUCGAAGUUUCAGAGUAUUACCCAAAUUAAUGGCAGCGUUUCACUCAUCUAAUGGCCUACUUGUGGACUGGCAAUACGAUCUUUUUCCAGAUCCUGAAUUUGCAUCCUUUCGUGGUGUAUUUUGGGCGUUUCAACAGUCGAUUGAAGGUUUUCGACACUGUAGACCUCUGAUCAUAGUGGACAUCAAAGACUUGAAUGGUAAGUACCCUAUGAAACUGAUGAUUGCCUCAGGAGUAGAAGCUGAUGAUUGCCAUUUCCCGCUUGCAUUUGCGGUUACCACAGAGGAAUCUUCAGACAGUUGGCGUUGGUUUCUCACUGAAAUCAGAGAGAAGGUGACACAAAGGAAAGGAAUUUGCCUCAUCUCCAGUUCCCACCCGGACAUACUCGCUGUUAUAAACGAACCUGGGUCCCGUUGGCAAGAACCCUGGGCAUAUCACAGGUUUUGUCUGGAUUUUCUGUGCUCUCGAUUCCACAAUGUUUUUCAAGAUGACUACCUGAAGAAUCUUGUCUAUGAGGCUGGAUCCACGAGUCAGAAGGAAGAAUUUGAUUCCUAUAUGAAUGACAUAAAAAAGAAUAACAGAGAAGCUCAGAAAUGGUUAGACCAAUUCCCUCAAAAUAAGUGGGCUCAAGCUCAUGACAGUGGUCGGAGAUAUGGAGUCAUGACAACCGAUACAGAAAAUGUGUUUGCAAUUUUUGAAAGCGUUCAGUCCCUUGGUCUGCCAGUGACAGCAAACAUACUGCUUCUUUUUGAUGAGAUGAGAUUGUUUUUCAACACGGGUCUGUGUGAUAGCAGGGGUAGGGUUAACCGGGGAGAUAUGUACAUCAAAACCAUCAUGGAAAAGCUCGAAGAGUUAAUGACAGAUUCCAUCACUCACGUUAUAAUGCCCUUAGAGAAAGGUGUUUUUCAGGUCUCAGAGCCAUUAAAGAAUGAUGAAUGGGUUGUUCGGCUGAAUGAAUGCACCUGCACGUGUGGGAAGUUUCAAUCAAAGAAGUUUCCAUGUCUGCACGCUUUAGCAGUCUGCGAGAAGCUAAAAAUCAACCCUUUGCAGUAUGUAGACGACUAUUACACUCUUGAACGAUUACACAAAACUUAUGCAGCCACUUUUUCUCCUGUUCCGGAAGUAUCAGCUUGGCCAGAAGCUUCUGGAGUUCCGACAUUGUUCCCACCGGUCAUUCUGCCUCAACCUAACGUAUCAGUAAAUGAUAAAACCAAGGAGCCUCCUAGUGAUGUAGAAUUGAGAAAUGCAGUUGUUGAUAUCUUGAAAGUGGUGGACUUUAAAACGACCGCGAUCGCUGACAUCCUCAAACGACUUGCUGAGAAGUUCAAAAUCGAUUUCACCACAAGAAAGUCAUCUAUAAAGGAAAUGAUAAUAAAUGAGCUCAGUUUGUAAGAAGACAAGACCAAGGAUGAGGAGUGGAGUAAGUAUGUAAGAAGAAAUAUAGGAUUUAACAUAAGCUCCAUAGGAUCCAUUCAUGCCCACUUUAAACACCGUUUCGAUUUUUGAGUUUCUUUCUAAUAUGGAGAGCUCAAAGUUAGAGAACUAGACUUAGGAAUCAAACAAGUUCAUGUUUAAUUGCGUUGCUGCUUUUGUAUGUGAAAAUUCAGUCUGGUUCUUUUGAAUCCACGGUGGCUUGUUCUGUCUUA